AUGACUGAGUCUUAGUGUUAAAUUUGCAUUUAAUUUGAAGCUGAAGAUAUUUGUAUCCUCUCUGAAAUGCUAAGUUAAAUUACUACUCCAAUUUCAGGUAUUAAAUCAUAUAUUUAUGUAGACCAUAAAAUACCUAUUCAGAUGUUUCCUUACAUUUUUAAAAGUUUGAAGUUCCGUAAAUGUCUGGCUCAAAUAUUUGAUACCAAAUACCUAGAAAUAUGUGAAAAAUGCUCACAUAAUAGACUCUAAUAAGUGUUCUUACCAUUAUUUUCAACCGCUGUUACUGAAUACAAUGAGACUCAAAUAAUAUAGCAAAUAGAAGAAGGAUUAGAUAAAUUAUAUGAAUCUAUAUAAGAAAAACAAUAAAAACUCAAGUAAUCUAAAGAAUAGUUUGAUAAACUGGCUUCUCAAUUGUUUAAUUGUGAAGAUGAUGUUGAAGAGAGUAAUUCAUUAGGAGAGGAAAGUAGUAGUAAUGAAGAAAUCAGUAAAAAUUUUAUAUUUAAAGAAAAAGAAAAAAAUGAAGAGGAUGAGCAACAACCGAUAAUGCAGUUUAACAAAAAUUCUAAUAAAAACAAAUUUUAGAAAAGAUCAAUUGAUAUACUUAAAAAGUGGUUUUUGGAUCAUCUCGAUAAUCCAUAUCCAGAUAAUACUGAAAAAUAGAGGCUCUCUAAGAUUACUGGUAUGCAUGUUCGUCAAGUAUAGCUAUAUAAUAUAGAUUUUUAGAUUUAAAAUUGGUUUACAAACUCUAGAAAAAGAUAUUUGGAACCUUUAAAAAAGAAAUUCGAACAUGGAUUGAUGAAGGAUAGUGAUAGUCAUGAGGAUGACUCUUCUAAAGAAUAGAAAAAACCUUUAAAGAUAACUUAGUAGCAACAACAACAACAAUAAUAAUAAUAAUAAUAAUAAUAACAAUAAUAAUCAUAAUAACAAUAACAAAUAAUCUAACCUCAAUAAUUGAAUAUUGCUUCGUAAUAGUUACAAUAAUAAUAAUUUUAAUAACAAUAAUAAUAAUUUUAAUAAUAAUAAUAAUAAUUACAAUAAUAAUAGCUGCUUUAAUAAUAAUUUUAAAUGCAAUUACCACUUUAAAAGAAAGUGAAAAUGGAAGAACUCGGCCAAAAUAAAUCAUAAGAUGCAAACCAUAUAAAAUAGGAGGCUAAAAUUGGAUCAUUUACUUAGGAUCUUUCCUAAUUUUAAUAACCAAAUCAAUUUUAGCAAUUAUAAUCGAUGUAAUAAAUUGCUCAAUUAUAAUAAUUACAAUGGCUUAAUCCUCUAAAUCAAUUAAAUCCAUUAUAAUUUUAACUUGGCCCUUAAUUUUUAUCUCAAUAUUAUAAUUUUUAAGAUCAAUCAAAAAAUCCUCCUCUUAAUGGAUUACCUCAAUUACACUAAGUUCCUAUAUUUCCAAUAUUGCCCUCAUUACAAUAGGCUGGAUUUCAAUAAUUUUUAUAGUAAAGUCCAGGAUAAUCAAUUUCAUAAUAGAUUUAAGUUCCAAAUAUAUAAGCUUAAAUACCAUAAGUGACUAACCUACAAGCACUUUAAGCAGGUUUUUCAUAGUUAAAUGGAUAAAUUUAAAAUCCCUAAAAUGGAAUAUUGUAUCCAAUGUAUUAGUAAUAAAUGCUAAAUGAAUAAAAGAAAUGA